AUGAGACUAUCAAACUUCGCUUUCGGCGCCAUUUUGGCUGCCACUGGUAUUCACGCACAAGCUCCUCCCAAGUCAGCGCCUUCCGAGAUUCCUCAAAUCGGCAAAUUCACAGGACAGGGCUGCUAUUCCUCCAAGGCAAACAUGACGGCGCUCGACCCACAGAUUCCUGGCCAGAAAAUGUCAUCUGGAUCUUGUAACGAGGGUUGUAAGGGCGCCGGUUUUUGGGUAUCUGGUCUGCGUGGCCCGCAGUGCCUGUGCGGGUUUGCACUUCCGCCAAAGGCUGAUAUGGUGUCCGACUCGAAAUGCAAUGUUGGCUGCUCAUCAUAUCCCCAAGAAGCUUGCGGUGGUGAAGACGCUUACACUGUGUUCAACCUGGGUGUCAUGUUUGACAUUACCAGAUAUGACCCUUCCAGCUCUAGCACCACCGGUGGCAGCAAGACCAGCACUCCCGACUCAACUGGUCAUGGUGGAUCCCCGACAAGCACCGAUGCCACUGUCACCAAGACCGCAGAUCCCUCUGAUUCUUCCAAAUCGGACAAGGGCGGUCCCAAUGUUGCUGGUAUCGCUGCCGGCGUCGUCGUUGGUGUUAUCGCUGCUGGAGCCGCUAUUGGUGGCUUCUUCUUCUACAUGAGGCGCAAGCGUAAUGCCGAAAUUGAGGAAGAACAUCGCCGAAAUGCUGCUGUCAACGCAUUCAUCAGCGGUUCAAAGCCCCCGAGCAGCCACGGCAGCAUCUCCAUGACUGACUCUCGUAUGGACCCUGUCAUGGCUCACAGGAGGAUGAGCGAUGGUAGCAUUGCUGACAACGAGGAUUAUUCGCGAAGGAUCCUUCGGGUCACCAACGCAUGA